GCUGAGGUGUAAACAGAACAGAUGCCAUGUUGAUUGCGUUGAGAUGAAGACGUGCGGAACAUUAUGGAGACAGAUUUCUGCUCUUUAACAGAAACUGAGGAGCUGCAGAGCUUCAUCUCACACUCGGACAGUUCGCUGUGUUUUCUAAGGUCGUGUUGUUUUGUCAGGACCAAGACGCUAUUCGAGGAGAUCCGCGCCUCCAUCAACAACAACGCGGAGGGCGAGCGCUCGUUCUGGCGUCCCGUUCUGCCGUGGGGCGGCGUGUUCACCAUCCGAGCGGGACGCAAAGCCAUCGCCUGCACGCCUCUGUACGUCAAGAUCAACCUGAAGAACACCUGCACCAUCGACGGCUUCCUCAUGCUCCUCUACGUCAUCCUGAGAGACAACCACAGCUUCCCCAGAGAGGUGGGCGUGUUCCUGGGCAAGCGCUUCGUCGAGCACUUCCUGUACCUGAUGGACUCCUGCGAGUACACCACCGUCAAGAUGCUGUGGAUCUGGGACCGCAUGUCCAAGCGCCAGUACCGCUCCGAGAUCCACCACACGGCCCUGGAGAUCGACCUGUUCGGCAACGAGCACGAGAACUUCACCAAGAACCUGGAGAACCUCAUGUCCAGCGUGCAGGAGAGCUGGUGCUCCAACUGGAGCUGCCCGAACCGCUUCCAGGAGCACCUGAACAAAACCAUCAGCGUCAAUCCUCCUCACGAGCUUCCAGACAAAGAUCCAAUCCAGUCGGCGCUGGACGAGUUCUUCUGCCCGCGGCUGGAGCUCUGUGAAGAGCUGGACUGUGACGGUCUGAGAGAGUUCAGUCAGAGGUUCUUCUGUCACGGCCCGCCGCCCUUCGUCAUCCUCAACAUGCAGAUGUGGCAGUCGGAGGAUCUGUCGUACGUGCCGUAUCAUCUGGAGCUCUCCGAACAACGGUACUCACUGGAGGGAGCGACGCUCUUCAACAGAGACGAGCAUCAUUAUUCGGCUGCGUUCCAGAUCGACGGCUACUGGAUGCAUUACGACGGCCUGCGCAGCGACAACCUGGUGCUGCUGAACAAACCACCCGAGUUCCUGCUGCUGUCCUCACUGGUUUACAUCAGGAGCACAGAGCGAUGAACACACGCCUGCCAACGCUCAGUCAGACUAUAUUCCCUUUAUAACGAACUCUUGAUGACAGUAUAUUUUUGUGCGUUCCAGUGAUAUUUUUUUACGCCUUUUAUUGGAUUGACUUUUGUAAUUUUGUAAGUGAUUCUCUGUCCUGUUUUCUGCUACUUGGAAUCCAAGAGUCUGUGAUGGUGGACUAUAAUAGUUCUGGUGCUUCGGCUGACUGUGGAUCAGUGCGACAUGAACCGAAACUUCCUUCUUAACCUUCAUUUCACAGCAACAUCUGUGUCAUCCACACUCAUACUGACAGAAAAUCUCCUAUUUUACUUAGAAUAUCAUCAGAAAUUUUUUUUGGCAAACACAAGCCAGUCAUGAGCUCACACUAAUUGUGUUUAACGAGGAUUUGGAUUCAUGUAUAAAUCUGAUUUCAGCAAAAUCACUUGUUUUUAAUCAUCUUUAUUAUUGUUUGUUUACAGUACUUCAUCUACUUUACUACUUGCACUCAUCAUGACUAGAUAGAGUACUAGGUACUAGGUUUAGUUAAGGAUCCAUUUACUGAAGCAUGACAACAAUCAAUGAAACACAAAUGUGCUAUCAAUCAAUGUGCAUUAAUACUUUUAUAAUCAGUUAAAAUGUUAGAUAUUCUAUCUGCUGUCACUGCAAAUAAAACUUUCUAUGUUUGUAAUGGUGUGUCUGU